GUGGUCUGUCAAUCACAAUGUACUCUGUGGUUUCAAUGUGUGCGAUUAAAAAAUCAAAAAUCCAAAAGAUCCAAAAUUACUACAUACAUUACAACAAAUUUCUAAUUUUGUAGCUGUUUGUUGCAAUAAUAUGUAAUAAAUAAAUACAUUUCAAUAAAGUGUAUGAUGAUGGGAACUAACGGCAAUGGUCGCCGCGGCGGCACAAAAUUACCCGACGUACGUCGACCUAUGGAAGAAGGUGACUGUGUGGACAUGGAAAGUCCGGAGCUUGAUUUUGUUUAUGACGACUGCGACACCCAAGCGAAUGAGAUAGCUGAAUUGUACAGCUACACUGAACAUCCGGAAUUUCAAUAUAACGUGAAAGCUUUCGAGGAAAUCAUGGAAGAGUUCAAUUACCCACCCAGUUGGCAGAGACUGACAUACAAACAACACCGCACUGUUAUCAUGAAGCUCUUGGAGCAUUUGGAUGUUGCUGUGACCGAAAUUCGAAUGCGGGCGACGAGGUGUAUACUGUACUUGGCGCAAGGCUGCUGGGCCGAGAUGCAGUCGGAUGCAGAGCAAGCAAGCUGGGCCCGUCUUAAUAUAAUGACUUUGUAUGAUAUGGGAACCUUUGCCGCUUUUGUUGAAUUGCUAAAUCUCGAAAUAGUGAGGAGUAAUGCUGCAGUAGCAUCUCGGAAGCUGGCCGAAUCGCUUGCAGACUCUACAAAUCUAAGAGUCAUUCUUUCCGUUUUGUAUCUCAUAACUGAACAUAUGAGAACUGAAAAGGAUAAUCCAGAUUCAGAGUACUUACAUCUUGUGAAAACAUUCAAGGAAGAGAUAGGAUCACCCUUUGGAGAAGAAAUGUUGCCUGUAAAACUUCUAGGGAUGGUGACACAACUGUGUGCAGGUACUACUCCACAUUUUCCUAUGAAGAAAGUGUUAUUGCUUCUAUGGAAGAUAUUGCUUGUCUACUUAGGUGGCUCAAAACAGUUGAAAGAGCGAAAAGCCAGGCUUCGUGAGAAAUAUGGCUUACCACCUGUGACUGAAGACACUCUUGAAAUUAUAAAGAGCAUGCGUUCAAGCUCCCCCCCUCCUAGUGCUGCAGAUAUGAUAGAGAAUCAAAACCCUGGGCAGAGAAAAUUGAAGGAGAAUGAACGUGCGCUCCGUAGACAGACAUUCAUGAAACAAACAUCCUUAGAUGAAUCUGAUGAGCAAAUUUUUGUUGACAAAGAAGAAACUGGCAAUGGAUCUGAGGAUUACUCAAUGGAGUUCCAGUCUAUGUCAUCUGAUAAUAUCCAAAAUGCCAAUACAAAUCCGAAUUGUCCAUAUUACAUGUAUAUCAAACGUUUUGAUAGCCCUCCUCCGCCUCCACCACUACCUAGAAGCCUGCCCUGGAAAUCUAAGGUUCGUCAAAAAGAUAUUGACAUGUUUUUAGACAAUGUAAGGAUAAAAUUUGUGGGGUUCUCUCUUCCUGGUGACAGGCAGACCAUUGCUGGCUUACCCCAACCUAUUCACGAGGGUAUAGAGAUAUUGAAGAAGCAUAUGUAUACGAGUCUUGCAGAAGUCCAAGCGGAAAGAGAAUAUGAAAUUGCUAGAAGUCCUUUAACCAGAGGGGAAGGAGAAGUUGAAGAGACUGAGGCGGAAAUUCUGUAUAAAGCUAUGCUACCCAAUCUUCCCCAGUAUAUGAUAGCCCUCCUCAAAAUUCUUCUAGCUGCUACUCCCACAUCCACAGCUAAAACUUACUCUAUGAACAUAAUGGCUGACGUGCUGCCUGAAGAAAUGCCCAUGACUGUACUGCAAUCAUUAAAACUCGGUUUAGAUGUAAACAGACACAAAGAAAUUAUUGUUAAAUCAGUCACAGCCAUACUAUUGUUGCUGUUAAAACAUUUUAAAUUAAAUCAUGUGUACCAAUUCGAAUUCAUGUCUCAGCAUCUUGUAUUUGCCAACUGCAUGCCUUUGGUGCUGAAGUUUUUUAAUCAGAACAUUUUGUCUUAUAUUGGAGCAAAAAACUCAAUACCAAUUUGUGACUUCCCCGCUUGUGUCAUAGGUGAACAGCCCGAGCUUACCAAAGAAUGUUUGGAUAUAGGAGACACAUCAGUUCCAUAUUCUUGGAGAAAUGUCUUUUCGUGUAUAAAUCUAUUAAGGAUUUUAAAUAAAUUGACAAAAUGGAAGAAUGCAAGAAUCAUGAUGCUCGUUGUAUUUAAAAGUGCUCCGAUUUUGAAACGUACCCUAAAAGUAAGACAUGCUUUAAUGCAGUUCUAUGUCUUGAAAUUGCUAAAGAUGCAAACAAAAUACUUGGGACGACAAUGGAGGAAAACCAAUAUGAAAACUAUAAGCGCUAUAUACUCUAAAGUUCGUCACAGGUUAAAUGACGAUUGGGCUUUUGGAAAUGAAGUUGAUGCUCGACCUUGGGAUUUUCAAGAUGAAGAAUGCGCAUUGAGAGUCAGUGUUGAUCGUUUCAAUCAAAGGAGAUAUGGCUCUGGAGUGGAUCCUGAGGGUGAACUGACACCGGUUGAUACAGAUAUUAAUAGUGUACUAGACACAAAUUUAGAACUCGAUGAGGAAUUCAAAGUAAACUAUGAAUUGUGGCUCGAGCAAGAGGUAUAUAAUAAUGAAAUUGAUUGGGAUGUUUUACUCUCUACAUGAAGAUAUAUGCGUUAUAAUGUAGUGGACAUUGGCGCUGAUUCUGUUGUCUUUCUCUAAACUAAAUUUAGAGUAUCUGCAUUCUUUUUCAUUUAAUAUUGCUAAAAAAGGAUUGAACAUGAACUUUAUAUUUAAAGACUUAUUGUUUUAGCCACUAACUUUAGGAUAGAUUUUAACAAGCAACAUUUUAUAUUUAUUUACAUAGAUAUUAGAGAUUUAAAUGUGAUGUUUAUUGAAAUGGAAAAUAUUUUAAUCCACAAUUUUGGGUCAGAAAUCAUGGAUAAAAAUAUCCCUACGUUUAUGUAUCAUUUGUAUGUCUGUAUGUUUAUGUAUACAUUAGGUAGCUAUUGGUAUUUUGCAUUUUUAUCUAAAAAUUGACGCAAAGGUCCAAGUUAAAAAAAUGCAUUAAAUGUUUGCAUACUACGGCUGUUAUUGGUUUGAACUUUGUACAGACAGGCGUUUGAACAAUGAUAUCUGUGUCUGUACAAUUAAUACUCUUUUAUGUUGUGACGUGACAGAUCGGAGUUAUACAUUUUACACUAGAGUUGCCUGCUACUUCAGCAGAUAAGUUUUUUAAAAAUCCUGUGUUAACUGAUUUUUAAGCUAUUGCAUAUUUGGGAUAAAAUGUCCAUCUCAGGGAUGCAAGUUAUCUCAUUAGUCGUUAGGUAUCAAAUGUUGUCGAAAUCGAUUAAGCGAAUGGGCCGUGAAAAUGUAACACAAAGACAGAUAUGCAUAACAUAAUAGUGCAUCUGCAUCCCCUAAUGUUAAUUAAUAAAUUACUGAUUACUGCGUUAGUUAAUAAAUUCAUUGUAAGUGAAUGUGCAUUGUGCAUGUGAGAUGCACUUAUAGCGGGUGAAUGCUACAUUAGUCAACGGCUGUUUUAAUCGUCGAUAUUUUAUACACAUAGCAAAAUGUACGUUAAAAGGACUAGUUGCAUAAAAUUAUGUUAGAACGUUAGGGCCAGUUAGGCUACGGUUACCGUUAAACUUUGAUGAUCGAAAAAAAAAAAAGUAAAAAUGGGUUGCACUUAAGUCAGUAUUUAUACCACUGUGAUUAAGAUGAAAGGUAAAAUUUUGGUCCAGACUCCAGAGUUUACUAAAUAACCCUGACUUUUUACCUUUUACUCACGUUCGAAAGUUAAUUAACGUUAACCGUGGCAUACCAUUAUCCUGGCCCUAGAAACUACCUAUUUUCAUGUGGGUACGUUAUGUGUACGAUACGAUACGUAGGUACGACUUUAUAAUAGCUAGAAGAUUAAGUCAUAGCGUAUCUUCGGCUAUCAUUUUAAUAUAUUUUGUUUAUGUUGCAUGCUCGUAAAAUUAUCCCUAAUAUAUCCUGUGUUAACUAAAAUAUUAUGAUGAAAUUAUAUUUUACAUACGUAUUUACCCAAUGAUAUUUAAGGCCUUAGUGUUACUUCUAAGUUCUAGUUUUGCCGUAGUAGGUAAAUGUGUCAUUUAGUAGUGCGCGCAAAACUAUUAUAUACAAAUGACGACUGCGCAAUGCAUUGUACAAAUAAAGUUGAAAACUGAAACCCGACUGCGAUCGUCUUAAUAAACGCUGAAAUAUUAUA